AUGCGUAAGCAACGAGCAGAGCAGGCCGUUAAAGAAAUGAACAAGACGACCGAGGUCGGAGGACCGAUCCAUCAGGCAGGAAUGAUCACCCCGGAUCAGGGCAGCGAGGGAUGGGGCAACCGAUCCCCGGCCCCACGAUCCCCUGGGAUAGGUGGGCAAUACGAACAGUUCGUGAUCAAUACUCCUCCUGAAGGACGAGGCAGGGACGAUGAGAUGAGGGCAACAUCAUCCCCACCAAGGCGGGCAAAGACGAGAACUCCUGUCGAUUCGGACAAGUCGUCGUUGGGAGAGAUAGACGGCAGGAUAGAUGACUUGCAGACGGUGGUUGUGGACACGCAGACCGACGUAGCCAAGCUUAAGGUGGCAAGUGAAUGUGCAAGUGCAAUUGCCAAUAGCUCAGCGGAGAAGGCGGACGUCAUGAGCAAGAGAUUAGUGGAAUGCGAGGAGGAGGUGAAGCACUGGAAAGGGUGGAUAGAAUCGCAGCAGAUAGAUACGAAGACAACACUGUCGCAAGAGCUGAAAGAGAUGAGUCGGGUCAUGGACGGGAGCAUCAGCGAGGACAGGAUGGAUGACACAAUGGCCCCGCCGCUGACCGAGGGAGCCAUGCAGCUCGCACGGAAAAUGAGACGGCAGGUUGAAAACAUGAAGGUACUCAAGACCUCUGUUACAACAAGGUUGAAGGGAGUGGAGGAGCGACUAUCUACGGUGGAGCACUCAGCGGACGUGGUCAAACAGAGUACCGGGUCGAAGAUCACUACGAUAGAGACAGGGUUGAACGAAAUGAGACGUGGCAUAGGUGCAGUUUUCUCGGGCAUGCACAUGCGACAUGAGAAUGGAACAUGGAGGAGCGAGAGACUGGAUAAGGUAGAGACAGUCUUGAAUAGACAAUGGGAUCAGAUCAAGUUGGCAGGUGAGGAACUAAAGAAGCUGAAGUCCAAGGGGAGCCAGAACGCCGGAAUAGAUAAGGCAUCGUCAUCCCAUUGCAACACCCAAGGAAAAGGUCCUGGAUGUGGAUGCAGAGAACCAGGCGAGGGUCACGGCACAUGCAUAGAUGGAGCAGUACGCGGCGAAACCAAGAAGCUGAGUGAAGUGGUCCUGGCGCAGAAGGAACACAUAAUGACCGUCGCGAGAGAGGUGAUAAAGAACCGCAAAAGCGUGGCUGAGAUCGUGGCGAACAUGACAAAGGUUCACAAGAAUUGUGAGAAUGUUGCGGCGAGAACCGAUCGGAUAGAUGAGAGGAGGAACGGAGAUCAAGCCUGGGUGAAGGACACCGUGCGAAAAAUGGAAAAGACAAUGGAAUCGAUGUCGAGCCGAAUGAUAGAUGAACAGAAGAGAGUUAUGGGCGAGUUUAUUCUGGUCAAUGCUCGAAUUGAUGAGAGUGCACGGAACGAAGGGGUAGGUAAGGCACGAGGAAACAGCGCGGAGAUAGGAAAGCCGCCGACUAUGUCACUAUGUCACGCGGGCGAGAUAGUCACGGUGGAGGUGGGGGAGCUGAUGGAAGAGCCAGGAGUGACAACGCUCGAGGAAUAG